AUGCCUGAACCAUUCACUCCCCCCAUCAAAUUUGCCAAAGUCCAGAAUACAGUGUCUCGUGGAGCGUACCCACGCCCAAUAAACUACCGCUAUCUCGAAACUUUGAACCUAAAGACAAUGAUAGCUUUAACAGCACAAGAUAUCUCCAUGGAAAAUGAUCCCUCUCUAUACUCCUUCUGCACCAAGAAUAACAUCAAUCUCGUUCAUAUAGAAACAGAUAGCUCCUCCAAAGAUAAGGGAAAGAAAAGAGGAAUACCCAUCGAACCGGAACAGGUUCUGCGCAUUCUGGAACUGAUCCUCGACAAAAAAUCAUCCCCCGUGUACAUCUUCUGCAAUAACGGAGGACAAAUCACCUCUUUGGCAAUCGCAUGUCUACGAAAGAUACAAUUGUGGAAUCUCGUGUCUAUCUAUGAUGAAUUUGUUAAUUACAGCACAACAAUUAAUCAGAACGACCGUGCGUUCAUAGAAAGCUUUAAAGCUAGAAUUCAAGUUCCUCCAUCAAAUCAACGUGUCGACUGGAUCUGGAAAGGAAUGAGCUCGAGCAUCGUCCAAAGCCAUCCAAAUAUGCAAUUUGUGUCUUUCGAAGAAGAUAAUAAAUUAGUCUAG